AUGUUUCCUUCCCCAACACCGAGGAAAUUCCAUCGUGGUGGGUUUGAUCAGGCAUUUGCUUCUGGUCUGGUUCAGCCUGCCACUGGCGUUGUUCUGCAGGCAGCCAUGAAAGACAUCAAGCAGAUAAUUGAGGAGAACGUUGUCGUCGUCUUCAGCAAGACUUACUGCCCGUAUUGCAUCCGCGUUAAGCAACUCCUGACUAAACUCAAAGCCAAAUUCAAGGCAAUUGAGCUCGAUCUUGACCCCGAGGGAGCCGCGAUGCAGCAAGCACUCGCACAGAUGACUGGUCAGCGCACCGUGCCUAGCGUGUUUAUCAAUAAGCAACACAUUGGUGGAUGCGACAACACAGAGGCUUUGAAUCGGCAAGGGAAGUUGGUGCCCUUAUUGGAGGCGGCAGGUGCUGUGUGA